AUAUAUCAUCUCGAAACUCACUCUCACUCGCACAUCGUCUCGCGUAUUGUGCCUUUGGCUGGUUCGUUUCAUCAUUCGUUUGUCUUUUUUUGGGAGAGAAGCGAGAGAGAGCGGGAACUCUCGUUUAUGUGCGUCGGAGGCUCCCAAAAAUGGCGACCUCACAAGCAGAUAAGGACUUCAUGAAGGAGCAGCACAGCCCAGACGACGUCGUUUCCAUCGACCUUCCAGCUCCCCAAGGCUGGACCAAGAAGUUCACUCCAAAGAAAGGUGGGACCCCUAGGAGGAAUGAAAUAAUUUUUGUUUCACCCACAGGUGAGGAGAUCAAGAAUAGGAGCCAAUUAGAUCGGUUUCUCAAAUCUCAUCCUGGAGGUCCUUCUUGCUCUGAAUUUGACUGGGGCACAGGUGACUCUCCAAGGCGGUCUGCCAGAAUAAGUGGGAAAUCAAAGGCGACAGAGACACCAAGAACUAAGCCACCCAGGAAGAAGCAAGCAAAGUCAAAUUCAAAGGAGGGGGUAAAGGGGAAAAAUGAUGAUACCAAUGGGGAAGGUGAGGUUACUGAAAAACAAGCUGCUGCAGCUGCUGAUGGAACUGAAGCAAGUGAAGAAGUGGAAAUGAAAGAUGUUAAGGAUGUAGGGAAAAAGAGCAAAGUAGAGGUUGCUGCAGCUGAGGAUACUGAAAAUGACUCUCAGCUGAAAUCCGAUGAAAAAUUUGAUGAAAUGGACAUUGGGCAACUGCAGAAUCAGGAAGUUGAUAAUAAGACAGAUUCUGAUCCAAAGGAAGAAACUGAUGAGAAACUAGAGGGGGAGCCUGAUAUAUCACCAAAACUGGAGAGUAAGGAAGCAGUUGAUAAGACAGAGGGAAAAGAGGCUGGGAAUAAAUCACUGCCUGAACCAGGGCAGGAUGAAAAAAAGGAGGAAGAGGAGAAACAGCCAGCAGACCUGGAAGCACCAGCGAGCCUAACAGAGAAAGAGGGGGAUGUUUUAAAAGAUGCAGUUGCUGAGGUGGAUGCCAAGCUUGAAGAGAAAUGUGAGGCCAAAGUGGGACAAGAGGAGAAAGAAGCCUCAACUGAAAAGAGGGGUGAGUGGGGGAGAAGUUAGACCAGAGAAUGAGAGGCUGAGGGAGGGAGAGGAGCUGGCAAAACCAAGUGAAAGUCACACAGAGGCACCGCAUGAGCCUAAGGCAUCUCAAAUUACGUGUUGAGAUGUGUUAAAUCUUUAGCUUCCAUGUAUCGUGGGCAUAAGUUUGCAUUCCAUUAACAGUUCGUUCCUUUUAUGAGUUAGGCAUAUCUGACAAAAGCAAGACCUGUGGGUGCAAUCGCCCUGUAGGAGUGUUAGAGCGAAUGAUGGGUGGUGUGUGCUGUAUCUACAUAGUCAAAGUCGUCGUGGCCGUCAUGGUCACUGUCAUCAUCAUCUUCAAUUGUGUGUGCACUGUGCUGUAGCAUAUUACUGUGAAGUGAAGUUGGGUGAGUGGGUUAGUGGUGUUAGCAGACAUUCUUGACAUUGUGGUACUGUUGUAAUUUCAAUCCCUCAAAAGCAUGGCUCAUAUUCAAGUAUAUAUGCCUGUGAGGACAAUAUGGAAUGUCGAUUGUCGAGACUGGAAAUAAUAAUGGCGAGAUCCCUUGAGCUGAGGGCAGCUCAUUCCAAGUUUAUUAAUGGCUCCGGUCGGUUUAUGCAA